GGUGCCACAAGUACUCCUUUUCUUUUAUUUUCUGUUUUGUGUCUCACUGUAUUUGCCACUUUCUUUGGGGAAAUGACCUUCUAGCUUUGAGGUCCCUUAGAGCUGUGACCUGCAUCAGAAUUCCAAACUUUGUAUCUUUCUUGAAUUUCUAUCUGAAUAUACCUUUUCUCUUGAGAAUCUCUGAAACUAGUUAGAGUGGAUGACUGGGGGAAUACUUAGUACAGAGAAACCUGGUAGUUAGGGUGGGAGAAUAAUUUUGAGCUUUAAAAUUGUUAGACAACUAUUUUUUAACUUUAAAAUUGAGCAUCUGUACAAAUCAGUAUGUUUAACAAGUUAAAACAUUGUGCUUUAGAAUUUAGGAAAUGAAGAAGUUAUAAAAAAAAAAAUGUGAAACAGAACUAUUCUUGCAAAAGCCUGGCCACGUACGUUAAGGCAAAAAGUGAAUUUACUGCUCUUGAAAGGUGCUGGGUUAUCAGGGCAGGUGUAGAAGCACAUUACAAGCUGCAGCAAUAGAAAUUUCAACAUUCCAUCAAUGUGCCUCAAUCCUGACUUGGAGGGACCACAUCUAGGAGUGAGCAGAUAAUUAAUUUUGUUCAUCAAAGUCCACCCUUGGCUCGUCUGAGACUGCCAGCAAGGGUGAAAGUUCCGUUUUGUUUCUGAUGAGAAUACCCCUCCACUAGUAAACUCCGACUAAUUUGUCUGAGCCACUGAACAGCUACCAUACGGUAGCAGCUCGUUCCUGUCCAGAGUCAAAUUUGAAUAAUUGACCUAGAGGUUGAAAAGCUCUGUAUCCCGUUACUCAUCCCUUGUCCUUGUGCCAUUACAGUGAUCUACUCACUUCCCCAUCCGAGCAGGUCAAUUUAAAAUUAAGUUUAUUACUGUGUCAGUGAUUGUUUCCUAUGAUAAUCUGUAGGGCCUAGGCCAAUAUUUUUGCUUGUACUGCUUUCAAGCUGUACAUUUCAAGUAUUUAGCAAAAUCAGAAACGGGAGGGAAAGAACUCAAAAAGUGACACUCUUCACUGACAUUUUGGAAUAAAUGGUUUUGCUGUGAUUUGAUUAAAGAUAGCUGGAUAGUCACUUUAUUUUAAAAUAAAUAUUUAGUGUGGCUAAAACCACUGUUCUAGGUAAUGUAGAAAUCUGUAGACACUAGCGCUGUAGGGUGAGAUCCUAGUCAGGAUGUAUCGAACAUGGUGUUUAGUUUUCCAUUUACAGUAGCAUGCUCAGGACUUGAUCCAAAGCAUCGUGAAGUUGAGAAUCUUUCCAUUUUCUUCAAUGGACCAAGAACAUGCUGGUGCACAGAACUCAGGCGGGAAUAAUUGUCUGAGCAGACCAACGAUCUACCUCAUUCCAGAUAUCGAACUGAAGUUGGCUAAUAAAUUAAAGGACAUUGUCAAACGUCACCAGGGAACCGUCACUGAUGAGAAGGCAAAGGCGACCCACCAUAUUUAUCCUAAUCCUACCUCACUGGAUGAUGAUGAAUGGUUGAGACCUGUGAUGAAGAAAGAUAAGCAGGUGUUGGUGCACUGGGGCUUUUACCCAGACAGCUAUGAUACUUGGGUUCAUGCUAGUGACAUUGAAGCUGAAAUUGAAGAUGCUCCAAUUCCAGAAAAACCAUGGAAGGUUCAUGCCAAAUGGAUUCUGGACACAGAUAUAUUCAAUGAAUGGAUGAAUGAAGAGGAUUAUGAGGUGGAUGAGAACAAGAAGCCAGUGAGUUUUCGCCAGCGAAUCUCUAUGAAGAAUGAAGAGCCUGUCCGUAGCCCUGAGAGAAGAGACCGGAAAGCAGCAGCAAGUACCAGGAAAAGAAAGCAUUCACCUUCCCCUCCCCCCACUCCCAUGGAAUCAAGGAAGAAGACUGGAAAGAAAGGACAAGCAGGAUUGUAUGGGAAAAGGCGAGGUCAGAAAGAAGAGGAUGAGCAAGAAGAUCUUACCAAGGACAUGGAGGACCCAACACCUGUACCGAACAUAGAAGAAGUGGUACUUCCCAAAAAUGUGAACCCAAAGAAAGACAGUGAAAACACGCCAGUGAAAGGAGGAACAGUAGCAGACCUGGAUGAGCAGGAUGAGGAGACAGUUGCUACAGGAGGAAAGGAAGAUGAAGAUCCCAACAAAGGUGAUCAGAGUCGAUCCAUUGACCCAGGUGAAGACAAUGUCACAGAACAGACCAAUCACAUAAUUAUUCCAAGCUAUGCAUCAUGGUUUGACUACAACUGUAUUCAUGUAAUUGAACGCCGUGCUCUUCCAGAGUUCUUCAAUGGGAAAAACAAGUCCAAGACUCCAGAAAUAUACCUGGCUUACCGGAACUUCAUGAUUGAUACGUAUCGCUUAAACCCUCAGGAGUACUUGACCAGCACUGCCUGCAGAAGGAACCUGACUGGAGAUGUAUGUGCUGUAAUGAGAGUGCAUGCCUUUCUGGAGCAGUGGGGUCUAGUUAACUACCAAGUGGAUCCAGAAAGCCGUCCCAUGGCAAUGGGCCCUCCUCCUACUCCUCACUUCAAUGUGCUUGCUGAUACCCCCUCUGGACUUAUGCCUCUUCAUCUCCGAGCUCCUCAGGUCCCUGCUGCCCAGCAGAUGUUGAGCUUCCCUGAGAAAAACAAAGAAAAGCCUACUGACCUGCAGAACUUUGGACUUCGCACAGACAUUUACUCAAAGAAGACCUUGGCAAAGAGUAAGGGAGCCAGUGCUGGAAGAGAAUGGACAGAGCAAGAGACACUGCUGCUACUAGAGGCUCUGGAGAUGUACAAAGAUGACUGGAAUAAAGUCUCUGAGCACGUUGGGAGUCGCACCCAGGAUGAAUGCAUUCUCCACUUUCUGAGACUUCCCAUAGAGGACCCUUAUCUGGAGAACUCUGAUGCAUCCUUAGGCCCAUUGGCUUACCAACCUGUACCUUUCAGCCAGUCUGGAAACCCAGUGAUGAGCACUGUUGCUUUUUUGGCAUCUGUGGUGGAUCCUCGGGUGGCAUCAGCUGCAGCUAAAGCUGCUUUAGAGGAAUUUUCUCGGGUCCGAGAGGAGGUACCACUGGAACUAGUUGAAGCCCAUGUCAAGAAAGUGCAGGAGGCAGCGAGAACCUCUGGGAAGGUGGAUCCAACAUAUGGACUAGAGAGCAGCUGCAUUGCUGGAACAGGUCCAGAUGAGCCAGAGAAGCUUGAUGGAGUUGAAGAAGAAAAAAUGGAAACUGAGACAGAUGGGCAACAGUCAGAAAAGGUUGAAAGCAAAGGAGAAAGUGAAAUAGAGGAAGGUGAUAAGGUGCAGGAAGGAGAAAAUGAGAGAAAUCCAGAAAAGGAGCAGGACAGUGAAGUCACUUCUGAUACCAAGUCAGAAGAGAAGGAGGCAGAAGAGAACAAGGAAAACGUUGAUGCGUGCAAAGACAAGGAAAGCGAAGCUGGAAAGAAGAAAGUGGAACACGAAAUCUCUGAAGGAAAUGUAGCUACAGCUGCAGCUGCUGCUCUUGCCUCAGCUGCCACCAAAGCAAAGCACCUAGCAGCAGUGGAAGAGCGAAAGAUCAAGUCCUUGGUAGCCCUCUUGGUGGAAACACAAAUGAAGAAACUGGAGAUCAAACUUCGUCAUUUUGAAGAGCUGGAAACAAUCAUGGACAGAGAGAAGGAGGCAUUAGAGCAGCAGAGGCAGCAGCUGCUGACGGAGCGACAGAACUUCCACAUGGAGCAGCUGAAAUAUGCAGAGUUAAGGGCUCGCCAGCAAAUGGAGCAGCAGCACAGUCAGAACACACAACAAUCGCACCAGCAUUCCAGUGGGCCUGGCAUGAACCCACUUGGGGCACCAGGUCAUCCGGGCAUGCUGCCCCAUCAGCAGCCCCCUCCAUACCCUAUGAUGCACCACCAGAUGCCCCCCCCUCAUCCACCACAGCCAGGACAGAUGCCAGGGCCAGGUUCAAUGAUACCUGGGCAGGCCAUGCCAGGCCGGAUGAUGCCAUCUGUGUCCGCCAACAUCCACCCAACCAGUGGUGGCCCUCCCCCAUCUGGCAUGCCACCAAUGUCAGGAAACAUAAUUGGACCUCGUGUUCCCCUAGCAGCGCCAAAUGGCAUGUAUCCCCCUCCAUCGCAGCAGCCGCCGCCACCAGCUGAUGGGGUGACUCCACCUACAGCAGGUGCAACGCCGGCCUCAGCAGCUCCCUAACUCAUCCAGCAACAAGCAACUUCUAGAUCUGAUCCCUAGAACCAAGAUAGUGGCGACCAAAAAUGGAUUUCCUCAGUUUCCUUCUGUUCCUUUCAGGGGUUUUUGGUCCCCCGUCAGCCUGCCUGCACCUCCUCCCCUCUCGCAGACUUUAUAGUCUGGCAUUAUUUGGCUGUAGCCCUUUGGGGAGCACUUACGCUGAACACAGAGAGCAGUAGUCACAGUACCUUCAUACUGCUGGCAGGAUGUCCUUCACGCAUUUGUCUGUUUACCCGAUGGAAUGAGUUCUCUGCGCUGGUUUUCCUUUAUCUUGCUGCUUCUGCUGCUUAACCUUUGGAUUCUCUUUAGAGACGGGGGGGGGCUUUUAGGUUGGAGGCAUCACUGUAUCUUAGAAUGCAGUAGGUGGCGUUUCCAUCCAUAGUCUCUGAGGUGUAAUCUGCUGUGUAACAUGCGAUGCAUCAAGAUCAAAUAGAGCAAACCAGUGGCUUGAGCACAUAAGGGAGCGUGAGGGAGGAGUUCUCCUUCCACUGCCUUGGAGCAGAAGCUUCGUUAAUUCUGAGCAUAUUCAUUACAGGUAGAUAAUCAUUAAGGGCAAUAGCUGAGCCCCAAGGCUGCCUCGCUAACUUAUUAAAGAAAAUAUUGAUCCGAUGUGAAUAGAGCCAGGAGUGAAUCAGUUAGAAUCAAACCACUCUAUCUGAGCUUUAUUGCUCCAGUUUAUAUUUUAUUUUAUGUUUAAUUGGAAGGAGGGGAAGUUUGUAGUUGAAUCCUCUUCCUUCUGGGUAGUUCGGUACAGUAGCCAACUGAGGAAUAAAACAAAUUUUAGUCCCUCUCUUUUUGGAGCAUAUACUUUUUUCUUUUAAAAUUGAACUUUAAAAAAAAAAAAAUAGUAGAUAGCAAUGAAGUGCUAGUGUAUGGGAUUGGGUUGGGAUGGCUGGGGGUGUGAACGCCAGAACUACCUCUUGCAGACAGCCGGGGGGGCAGAAUUCAGUGAACGUGGUACUUUUUCUUUCUGGACUGGUAUUGGAGGUGGGAGAACACUCACUCCUCUAUUCACACUUCACCCUCCACUUGCUGAGCUUUAUCAUUCCAUUCUUUGCAAGGCAGUGGGGGGACAGGUUUGGCAGUUGACUCCGAGCAUGCUCCAUGAUUAAGGGCGAUGGAGAAGACCAACACAAUGCCACUAAUAUGGACUGAGUUUGAACGGCCAAAUGCUGCUCCUUGCCCUCAUCAUUAGUGACUGCAUGGUUCACAUCCUCUGUGCGGUUCAGACCCUCUCCUUCCAGAGAGAGCUUUCUGACAAGCGUCCUCACCAACGCUCUUAGGGAUCACUCGGGUGGAUCUCUGUGAUCAGGAGUGUAAGAUGGGCUGUUUGUUUUAAAGCUUGACCACAGCUAGUUCACUAGUGGGGAGGGAAAGAUUGCCCAGAGGAUCUGAAACCCACAGAGCUAUUUCAUCAAGUAAAACAAAUACAGAUUUGCCUUGAAGAGCACUCAAGUGCUUGAUGCCUCGAAAUGUUAAUAGUUGAACUUUCCAGACCCUGAGAAUUUGCGUACAUGUGUGAAGUAACCAUUUUUGGGCUGUCUGCACAUCAGCUCCAUGCUCAUACAACUGUACUUGGCCUUGUUACUUCCAGUGUAUAAGAAUAACACUUUGCCAUUGUCAACCUCUAAGAAUCUAUAGUGCCUAGCAAAGAACGGUCAGGGCCUCCCCUCCCGCCACCUUUCAUAAAAGAAAUCCAUUCCACAUGUUACCUUUCCCUCCAGUGUCUUUGGAGUGAGCAUGGAAUUCUGGUUCAGGCCAUGGUCCAGUUUAGAAUAACCUCAGGUUGUUUUUAGUGUGGUCAAUUUCAAAUUUAAAGGAUCCAGAUGGAGACUAUUUUUUACUGUACUAGUGAUGAUCCUACAAAGUACCUGAAUUCUUAACGCUGUUGUGUUUCUGUAUAAAUACACGUGGCGACUUUUUCAUCUGAUCCUCUGUAUAGGGCCGGUUUUAUUCCUGCAACACAGCCACCCAAUUUUGUGAAAUAAAAAACGUGGUUUUUAUA